AUGGACUUUGAUACCGACAAGUACAGUAGUAGCGGCUCACCCUGGAUGGGUUUUGACAAUAAGGGAGGCGUUCCGAGAUAUGACAUUGCUUUGAACACCGAUACAAUGGGGGCUCCACAUGCUUUGAGUUUUGCAAAGAAAUGUAUCAAAAUAAAUGUUCUUCUUCAUGUAUCAACUGCUUAUGUGUACGGCGGCAAAAAAUCAAGAGUUUUACUGGAAAACCCAUUUCAAAAUGAAAUGGCAAGAUAUUAUGGAUGGCCAAACACAUACGUGUUUACAAAGGCAAUGGAAGAGAUGAUAUUAGGAGACUAUAGAGAUGACCUGCCUCUUGUCAUUACUCGCCCCACCAUAGUCACCAGUACCUAUAGCCAACCUUUUGCAGGUUGGAUUGAAGGUUUAACUGUUGAUAGACGGAUUCUUGAUUUUGGUAAAGGGAAACUAAAUUUCUUGCCGGGCAAACCUGACACAAUCCACGAUUUGAUACCAGCGGACAUGGUGGUGAGUCAAAUAAUCGUAGCUAUGAUGGCAAAUGCCAACCAGUCCUCUCAAAUUAUUUAUCAAUUUGUGUCAUCUAUGAGAAACCCUUUAAACUUCUCGAAUCCUCAAGAUUUUAGCAUCUGGUAUUUUGCUAAACGUCCAUUGAUUAAUAAAAAUGGGAAGCCAGCUACAACUGGCAAGUUUAAAAUACUGAAAACAGCAACCAGAUUCCGCUUGAGCAUGGCUAUUAGAUAUGUGUUACCACUGAAGUUUUAUGCCAAAAAUAUAUAUGAGGAUAUUUGUAUUGAUUCUGAUCGGAAAAUCAAAUUUGCAAUACAAGUGGUGGAAUUCUACAAACCCUUCUUGUUCUUUGAGGACAUCUUUGGUGACACAAACUCAGAGAAAUUGCGAAUGAUAAUAAGACAGAAUGACGAGGAAGUUGAUGUGUUUAACUUCGAUCCAAAAUGCAAUGAUUGGGAGGACUACAUUGUCAAUACACACGUCCCUGGGCUUGUAAGAUAUGCACUUCAGAGAUAA